GAGAUUUCAUAAAAUACUUGACUUAUUAUUUCGUUUCACGCGAGUGUUACAUGAUUCCAUCAUAAUAAUAACGAUUUCUCAACCAAUUUGUUGUUAUUCCGACUCGAGAGCUAGCGGAGAUCACACACAAUAAAAACCUUGAUAAAAAUUUAUUAAUAAAUUGAAUUUAUUGAUAUUAAAUUUGAUUGAUAGUAGAAUCUACGCAUUAAAAUGUUGUGGGUGUUGGGAAUUGCGGCAGCUGUGUUAUUUUUCUAUUAUUUCCUGUAUAAACCUCAAUUAUAUUGGAAAGAAAAAAAUGUCAGCCAAGGACCACCCGUACCCAUACUAGGAGACAACUGGAAAAAUGUUCUCGGGCAGGAGGCUAUGAUGGAAAUGCUCAAACGUAUUUAUAAUCGUCAUAAAAAUGAUCGUUAUGCUGGUUUCUAUCAAACAACAAUGCCUUCACUUAUGAUACGUGAUCCUGAAUUGAUCAAACAAAUAACCAUCAAAGAUUUUGAUCAUUUCGUUGAUCACAGGCUAUUUGCGCCUGAAAACGUUGAACCUAUCUGGACGAAGAAUUUAUUCUCAUUGAAAGGUGAUACUUGGAGAGAUAUGCGUGCAACUUUAAGUCCUACUUUCACAGCGAGCAAAAUGCGAUCAAUGUUUGUGUUGAUGGAGAAAUCUGGCCAGCAAUACGUUGAUUUCUACUUGAAACAAAACAAAAACGUGAUUGAAUUGGAAUUGAAAGAUUCAUUCACUCGUUUUGCUAAUGAUGUGAUUGCAAAUUGUGCUUUUGGCGUCAAAGUUGAUUCAUUAAAAGAACCGGAAAAUGAGUUCUAUAUGAAAGGAAAAGCUGCAACCAACUUUUCAGGAUUCGUCAAGCAAAUGAAGUUUUUAUUAAGCAUGAUGUCACCUAAACUCUCAGCUUGUCUUGGGUUAAGUAUAUUUGAAUCCAACGUCACGCAAUUCUUCCAAAGUCUUAUUCAUGAUACAGUCAAAAUGCGUGAGGAACAAAACAUCAUCCGACCGGAUAUGAUCAAUUUACUAAUGGAGGCACGUAAAGGACGUCUUCACUAUGAAGAAUCCACUGAAAAACAAGACGCUGGUUUUGCAACUGUUGAAGAAUCCGAUAUUGGAAAAGUAGGAGUCAAUCAAAAACUAGCAAUGACCGAAAGUGACAUGGCCGCCCAAGUCCUCAUCUUUUUCUUCGCUGGUUUCGAAACAAUUUCCACCAUGAUGUCUUUCAUGUGUUAUGAAUUAGCCCUACAUCCGGAAAUUCAAGAAAAACUUCAUCAGGAAAUUGACUUAACCUAUAAAAAUAACAACGGGAAGCUAACCUAUGACGUUUUAAACAAAAUGAAGUAUAUGGACAUGGUCAUCUCGGAGAGUAUGCGUAAAAACCCCGCAGCUGUCAUGACAGAUAGAAUUUGCACCAAAGCCUAUACCAUUCAACCUGAACUACCACAUGAAACACCUUUGAAAGUUAACGUUGGUGAUUUGAUUAUCAUUCCUGUUGUUGGUAUACAUAACGAUGAGAAACUGUAUCCCAAUCCGGAUAAAUUUGAUCCCGAGCGUUUCUCUGACGAGAACAAAGACCUUAUUAAACCUUAUACUUACUUACCAUUUGGUGUUGGACCUAGGAAUUGUAUUGGGUCUAGAUUUGCGUUGAUGGAAUGUAAGACCUUGAUUUUCCAUAUUCUGAGCAACUUUGAAUUGACUGUCAUUGAGAAAACUACUGUUCCAAUGAAGAUUUCUAAGAAAUCGCUUAAUCCAGCGAUUGAAGGUGGUUGUUGGGUUGGUUUCAAACGCAGAGAAAAUCUUGUGCGUUAAUAUUAAUCAUAAUUAUAAAAAAGAAAUUUUAGAACAGAAAAAAAGAGGUUAGAUAACUACUUAAGUAUCUAUUCAUAACAAGUGAAAGUUCACAUUUGAUUUCUGUAUGACGUAUGUAACAUAUAACCUUGGAUGGAUAAACAUAAAUAAAUAAAUUUAGUUUUACCAAAAACAA